UCUCAUAUCUGAUUCAUGAUCCGCCAUUCACGUCUUGUCACCUCACGGUCGCCUUGUCGGAAACAAAUGGUCACCAUGUUGAAAACAUUAAUCGUCUGUCUGGCUUUACCGCUUGCUGCUUCCUGGACCUUGGACUGUACUAGUUUGGAGAACGGCAUCUACCUCUAUACAUGCUUCUCCUACACCGAAUGCGUCAACGGCAGUAAAGGAGUCAUCAAGUGUGCCUCCAAUGAAGUGUUCAGUGCAGCCGAUGGCUUGUGCAUCAAACCCGCGGAUGAUUCCUGGCCGUGCCAGGAUGUUGUGGACUGCAAGAAGCUCCCGGACAAACGCUACGCCGACACCAAAGGAGGCUGCCAAACCUACUACACCUGUCAGAACGGCUACUUCUACGGUCACAACUACUGUCCAGAGGGAACCGUGUUUGAUGAGGAGCGCCAAUUCUGCAACUGGCCGGCAAAUGUUAAGCAGCCUUGUGGCACAGCGGCAUAGCGUGGAUGUAUCUAAAUACUUGAGUUUUCAAUAAAAUUGCUCCAAUACUGA